AUGGAGGAAUCGCUAUCGGCGAAUGAUAAGGACACCAUGGUCACUUCUUUCCUCGAGAUCGCCGUCGGCCAAACCGCUGACACUGCCCGACAGUUCUUGCAGGCCACAAGUUGGAAGCUUGACGAGGCUAUUCAACUCUUCUAUGUUGGCAACGAAGGACAAGUGGCACCUGCUGCACGUUCACCACCUGUUGCAGAUCAGUGGACUAAUGAAAAUCCAGGUUUGCUGAAUGAUAUUGACAAUGAAAGGGUUGGAGGAGAUGUUGAAGAUGUAGUGCGCGCUCCUUUACCUGUAAUGAGGGAUACACUUUAUGAUGCUGCUGCUUUGUAUGGAGCAUCAAGGACGGGAUACUCAUCCCGGGAACCCAGUUCACUUAUGGCUUUCCGCAACUUUAAUGAGGAAACAAAGCAUCCUGCGGUUUGGGAAUCAGAACAAGGUGCUACGUCCUCUGCAAAUACCCCGCGUGAUCUUGCUUCUUUAUAUCGGCCACCUUUCCAUUUAAUGUUUCAGGGGUCAUUUGAAAAGGCAAAAGGUGCAGCAUCUGUUCAGGACAAAUGGCUUCUCAUCAACUUACAGUCCACAAAGGAGUUUAGCUCACACAUGCUGAACAGGGAUACAUGGGCCAAUGAAGCCGUCUCUCAGACCAUUAGCACCAACUUCAUAUUUUGGCAGGUAUAUGAUGAUACAAGUGAGGGUCAGAAAGUUUGUACGUAUUACAAACUAGAUUCUAUUCCAGUGGUGCUAGUCAUUGAUCCAAUCACCGGACAAAAAAUGCGCUUAUGGUGUGGUAUGGUACAACCUGAAAGUCUACUCGAGGAUCUGGUUUCAUAUUUGGAUGGUGGCCCAAGGGACCACCAUAAAAGUUUGUCUAACAAACGCCCCAGGGGAGGUUCUCUGACACCAUCUAAGAACAAAGAUGAAAUUAAUGAAGAAGUUGAGCAAGUGCCACAAGCUGUAUCUGCUGCGACAGAGACAAUGGCAGACCCAGCUGUGGCGGUUUUGAACAAUAACAGUGUUAGUGACACCAAGAAGAUGGAAGAAGUGAGUUUGUGUUCGAAGACCGAGUAUCCACCCUUGCCUGAAGAACCCAAGGGCGACAAGACCCUCAUGUGUCGGGUUGGACUUCGACUUCCCGAUGGGCGUAGGGUUCAGAGGAGUUUCCUGAAAACUGAUCAAGUCCAGUUAUUGUGGUCAUUCUGCUGUGCGGAAUUGAAGGAAGCUCAGACAAGACGAUUUCGGCUCACACAAGCGAUCCCAGGAGCCAAGUGUCUGGAUUUCGAGGGAGGUCUGACCUUCGGGGAGUCGGGGCUGGACAACUCUAUGAUUCUGGUUGCGUGGGAAUGA